GACAGUAGUAUUCUUCUGUGCAUUUCCUUGUCUUGCCUCGCCAUGCUCCGGUGCUUACAGUGUUGCUACUGGGUGCAUAUUAAUAAUUAAUGUAACAGGGUGAGUGGUGUUUGCUUUGGCCUGGCGGCGGACCUCAGCCCAGGAGGAGGAGUGAGCAUGGAGCGGGCUGGAGAUGGGGCAAAUCCGUGAGCGCCCACUGCCUGUUCUCUUCCAUCAUGGCUCCCUCCGCGGACAGGCAAGGAUACUGGGGGCGACCCACCUCUACUCUGGACUGGUGUGAAGAAAAUUAUGUCGUGUCUUAUUACAUCGCAGAGUUCUGGAACACAGUUAGCAAUCUUAUUAUGAUCAUCCCCCCCAUUUGUGGAGCCAUUCAGACGUUUCGCGAUGGACUGGAGUUUCGAUAUGUAUGUUCUUUUAUAGGACUGACAGCUGUUGGCAUUGGGUCCUGGUGCUUCCACAUGACGCUGCUGUAUGAAAUGCAGUUACUUGAUGAAUUGCCAAUGAUCUACAGCACCUGUGUUUUUGUCUACUGUCUGUAUGAAUGCUUCAAACAAGAGAAGACUAUAAGUUUCUUUCUAAUUGCAUUAUUAUUAUUCUUCAGUAUAUCUGUAUCUGUGGUGUAUUUACAGUGGAAGGAGCCAGUAUUUCAUCAGGUCAUGUAUGGGGCCCUAGUAGCGUGCCUGGUGAUACGGUCUAUCUUUAUUGUUACGUGGGUGUACCCAUGGCUGAAGCCGCUGUGCUACACUUCUUUAGGAAUCUUCAUGUUGGGAUUUCUACUGUGGAAUAUUGACAACAUAUUCUGUGACUCAUUAAGAGCCAGUAGACAAACACUGCCCUCUGGUGUUGGAGUGGUGAUGACACAGUUUCAUGCAUGGUGGCACAUUUUAACAGGCCUUGGUUCUUACCUGCACAUACUUCUGAGCCUGCAAAUCAGAGCAACCUACCUCAAGUACAGACCAAAAGUGAAGUUUUUGUGUGGAGUGUGGCCGACGCUACACAUGGAGCCACAGAAGAGCAGCUGAGAUGAAGAAGAGGGGGGCAGAUGAAGGAUGAAGACUGCUUCCUCAGUCAGACACCAGGGGGCAGGGCUGAGCUGCCAAGCCCCUGUCCACUAAAGGGACCUCAGCCCACAGCCAGAGGUUAGGAGCUCGUCUCUGCUGUGGAGACUCAAGAUAGCACUGAGAAUAUUAAAAUUUAUUUUAAUCCUAAUUUAUUAGUUUAGCUGUUUAUAACACGCAAAGUUUCAUUUCUUAUUUAAUUUGCGUUCACAGUGAAAAGGCAAAAACAUAUAAACCUGUCUAGGUCAGUAAAGAUAUAUUAUUUGCAAUAGUGAAAUUCAUUCAAAUUUGGUCAGUUUAGUAUGAAAAUGCUUUAACCUGUCACUAACUCUAUGUAAACACUGUCAUCGUGUUUCAUAAUAUUCAACCUUUUAUUAUCUGAUAGUCUUGAGUUAAUCUUAUUGCCAAAACUAAAAUUUUGUUUUGCCAAAGUUUUUUUUAAAAGAUAAAGUAAUUUUGCCUUAAUUAUUGUUUCAGAAUAACAGGGUCCAUCAAAGAAGGAUUAUGUUUUUGGUUAGAGUGAAGUCAAACAUCCACAGUCAUUUCAAGAGUGAUAAAAUACUCUGAUAGUGUCACAUUAUUGUGUUGUCAUGUUGCUCAGUAGUUUUAUGUGAGUGGGCCAACAGACAGUGUUAGCUGCAAAUGUGUUGUGAUUUGAUUCAAAUGUAGAUUUUGCACAUAUUAUAAACCUGAUACACUGGAAGACGUUUAGUUUAGGUUGCUCAGACCUGAAUUUAAACCUAAUAUAGAUAACAAAUUGUAGAAGCUUUUGUAAUUAUUUAGAUUUCAUGAAGGGACCAAGUGAAUGCUUAAACUAGAAAAGCACUCAGAGAGCGCAGACCUCCGCCAAGGACUACCCCCAUUUUUUAUAUAAAUUGCGAUAAAAUCAGUCUUCUGGAUCAGAUCCGGAUCAGCCUUUGGAAUAUGAAAGAGGAUCCCAUUGUCCAUCCCUGAGUCAAAUUUCAUGGGGUUUGGUCAAUAAUUAACCGAGAUAUUGAGAAACAAAAUUUUUGGCCCCAUUUACCACAAUGUUAACACCGCCAAAAUGAAAUCAGUUCUUCCUUUUCACAUUUCCUACAAAUCCUGAAAAUUUCCUCAAAAUCGGUCCAUAACAUUUUGAGUUAUGUUGCUAACAGACAAACAAACAAACAACAGCAAACGCCAGCAAAAACAUAACCUCCUUGGCGGAGGUAAUAAUGAAUAAAUAUAAUAAAAGUCAGUUAGUUCCCCUUCUAAAGAUGACGUAUAACCACCAUCUUAUUUAUUCAUAUUAUUUAAUAUUAUUUUUGCCGACAUACAUUGUUUUGCAACAGAAAAUGAAGAAAGCACAUGCAAAAACACUUUGUGGACAGUUGAAGAUAUGUCCACUAGGUGGAAUUAAACCUCAUCUCUUACUUUGCCAAGCCUAAGUGCAUUGAAGUUCUUCCUUCUCCUUUUACUUGUAAUUGUUUUUAUGUACUACAUUUUGUGAUAAUGUUAAUUACAUGUUGUUCAUAUUUACAGUAACUUUGGUUUUGUAUAUGUCGUGCUAUUAGAUCUAUGCUAGAUGUUAUAUUAAUGAAUAGCCUCAUUAACUACUGUGCAUUAUGUCCAUUAUACAUGGUUUAAUUUUGCAAUCAUGUCAUUGACAAAGGUAACAGUGGUGUGGAGCCAGCAGCAUUCAUGAGCACAAGAGCACAUAAGUAUUCCCAUAGUUCAGUGUGUGUACAUGUGUAAACUGUAUCCUCUGCUCCACACGAGCACGAGUCAAAACAGGUGCCUUAUUGAUAUUAUUGCAGUGUAAUCCAAGUUGCCUUGAUGUUGAUGAUGAAAAAACAUUAAAAUUCAUGUGGUUUA